GAGAGCUCGCGGAUGGUCGCCGGAGGUAAAGAGCAGAGUUAAAUAUCGCAGCAUGGAGCUAGGGACAGCUACAAGCUGAUAGCAACGACAAAAAAAAGAAUCAUUGAUCAGAGUUAGGAGUACAGUAUUCAUGUUGAUGUUGGGUGACCGCCGCUGCCCAAUGUACAAUAAGGACAAAAAUGAGCUUCUGGAUACAGCUUGGGCUCCUCCUUUGGAAGAAUUUCACCUAUCGGAAAAGACAGAUUGUUCAGCUGGUUAUUGAGAUUCUGUGGCCUCUCUUCCUCUUCUUUAUAUUAGUCUCUGUGCGUCAGUCCCAUCCAUCGUUUGAGCAGAAUGAAUGUCACUUUCCAAACCAUGCAUUACCAUCAGCAGGGACACUGCCAUGGAUACAGGGAAUCAUCUGUAAUAUUAAAAAUCCUUGCUUCCAGUAUGCUACCCCAGGAGAAACUCCAGGAAAUGUGGGGAAUUUCAAUCAAUCCAUUCUUUCACGUUUGCUAGCUGAUGCUCAGAAGGUGCUACUUCAUGCUAAUCAGGACCACAUCCUGCAAAGUUUCAAUCAACUCCUGAAUGCUUUGAAAAAGCUCAAUGAAAACAGCCUUCCAUUAUCUGGUUUACCAAUCAAAGAAUACCUGCAGAAGAAUCAGACCCUAUCCAAGUUUUUCCUGAACAAUGCAUCACUUCCCACAGAGGUGGUCAACGAUUUAAUGGCAGCAAAAAUAAAUCUCAGUCAGAUACCCCUUGCUGGAUCAAGGGAAAAUUUUAAAGAGAUUGUUUGCAACAAGUCUCAUCUCUCCAGUUUCUUGACUACAAAGAAUAUGAAGGCAUUCAACCGUUUGCACAAGAAUUUGUGUGCCUUACCAGAGAGAACACUGCAAAACGCAACAGCUAUUUUCCUUUCUGAAGUCAACUUCUCCAAACUCUUGGCGGAGAGGGCUACAUUUAGUGCUGAGAAUGCACUUGAUGCAUCUAAUGCCCUUAACAGUUUUAUACUCAGAGUGGGAUCUCUUGUGCAGCAGAAACAACUUAGUCAUUAA